UCGACAGCUAAUUCAGAUCCGUGUCGAAGGAAAAAGAAAAAAAAGAAGCCGCGGGCGGGAGUAUAUAAGCACCACAACUUGAGAGCGAAAACAAGCUUCGUUUCCCUCUCAUUGCUUCUCUGAAACUUUCUCAUCGAUUCCAUUCGAUUCGUAGGAUAACAGAAAAUUUAUUACUGGGAUCUCCUUUCGAUCGAGAAAAGAAACAGAUGGACGGUGGUGGUGGUGGUGGUGGAUCUGAAACCACCAACAACAGCAACAGCAACACCUUACUUCGCCCCAAAUUCGUCAGCGUUUUCGCUCUAUGUGAAAGAUGCAACGCGAAAUUUUGUGUGAAGUAUAAUAGUCAGCACAUUUGCAGCCUCAACGCCAAAACUGAAACUGAGGCUAAUAAGAAGAAGAAACCUGGAGAGAAGAAGAAGCUUCCUCCUCCUACUGCCUUUUAUAUUUUCAUGAAUUAUUUCCGCGAAACUUUUGAAUUUGAGAAUCCAUCUAUCAACGUUAAGAAUGUUGCAAAGCUUGGUGGUGAAAUGUGGAAGUCUUUCACUGAGGACGAGAAGAAAGUUUAUAGGGAUAAAGCUGCUCAACUUAUGGAAGAAUAUAACUGCGUAACUGAGGAUGCUGAGGAGAAACAAGCUGAAAACAAAGAAGAUGCACCAAAUGGUGGUCAAAUAGGUAGAGGUAGAGGUAGAGGAAUACUUGGUCGGCGAAAGCAAAGUCCACUUGGCUAAGCACACAUUGUUGAUCAGGUCUUACCAAAUACUGCUUCAUCCUCUUUCGGUACUUUUAAAUUCGGACUGUUCCUAUGUUUUUAAUCAGGCUGAUUCAAUAUUCUCGUUUUGUCUCGAUGUAUGACCAUACAUGCCACUAAGUAACAGACUUGCAUAAAUGAUAAUUUCUAAAUAUUUUUUUAAAAAAAUGGAGGUAAAGAACAAGAAUGGGAGAUUUUUGAUGACUACUAGAUGAACUAGAUUUAACUGUUUAUCCUGAUGCUGCAUUGUAAAUAGUUUUCUUAAGUUGGUUGUGACUUGUGAGUAAGGGAAGUCUUUUUUUGUAGCUCAUGGAUUGAUAAUUCCUUUGGUUUAUGCUUUUACCAACCAUGUAGAACUGGAAGUUAUUGUUUGGUUUUACUUAGUUACAUGUU